CCGGCCCACACUCACCGCAACAACAACAACAACCACAACACCACCCCCACGGUGUGACGCUGUACAGGCUUCUUCUUUACCAUCCCUUCCAUAAUUAUUGUAUCUUUCCAAAGCCAGCAACAAGCCAGCAUGUCUAAUCAGCCGCACCAUCAAGCAGAGGCAACUUCAAGCACGGGCGAAACAGGUGAAGGUAGACAAUCCGGAGCACCUAAGAAGCAUGAAAAGAAACCGAGAUUGAGAAGUCUAAGGUCGCUGGCAUGCGUCUCACUCACCACGGUGCUUCCUCCCACUCCGUAUCGAGACGCUGACGAUCGUGGAACUUUGAAUCGCGACCUCACCAUCAACCCGGUCUCCGACAGAUAUGUCCAUGUGCAGGUCAGGAUCUUGCAGUACCUCCAGCACUCCGCAGCGGAAGACCUCAGCCAAGCACAGGCCCACAGUUGGACUGAGAGGAUCUCACCAGACGGAUGUCCUACAGUCGCUGAGGCUGUUAGACUGUGCUACUACAUGCGUGAGUUGGGUUUUGACACAUAUUCGAAGCUGAUGGUGGAACUUGACGAGCUUCGCUUGUAUAUCGCGAACAAGCAUGUACUGUUUAGAGACCCCGAGCGCCCAAACAUCGAUCGGAUCUACUGGCGUCAAAACCUAAAGACGGGCUCGAUUGCUGUCAUCGAUACUAGCCCGGAACCGACUAUGCGACCAAGGACCAGACGCGGUGCCAUAGGGGGUGGCACGCUGGAUUUACCCCAGCCUCCUCUCUUCCAGACACCUUUCCAUCCGACAGAUCCCUUCAGCCUCAGCGAUGAUCAUCCGUUAUACUCGCCGGAUCCAUACACCCUUCACUUCGGGUCUAGCGAUGAUGGUGCGCCGCCGUUUCUCACCAGAGAAGAAAUAGAUAUACUGGGUAUUGGGGGUGGUCAAAGGGAUGAUGGUAGGAACUAACAUGAAUGAUGAUACUUUGAGUACAACGGUAAUUCUUACUCGAGUACAGAUGAUUCAUUCACUAGAUUCCUAGAAAUUCCGAGGCUCACUGCGGAACGACUCGCUGAAUUGCUUGAAUUUCUUGACUCUUGAAAUGAUUCAGUAGUUACGGUGAGUAUCGUGGCAGGCUUGCACGCAAGAUCGACGAAGACUGAACCAUCGUUCCAGCAGUGUUCUUUUUGGAGCCGGGUUUUCACAAAAGCCUUUGUUCGUUUCCCAAUGUAAUUCUAGACGAUCGUUGAUUUGGGAAGCCUUUUAUGCUCCUCAGUGUAGGGGGCGAUAAACUGGCGUUGUGGGAGGCAGGCAAUUACUUC